AUGUUCGUCGUGUUUCAUAUUUUAAUUAAACAAGUAUGUUGUUAUUUUAUUUUCAUUAGGCAUCAUACAAUAUGCAUUACUGGUUUACUCUAUUCUCAUAAUGGCGGACGUUUAAUAAGCAGUGAUAAUGAAGGCAAUUUAUGUUUAUUAGAUGCUAACGAUAGUUAUAAAUUACAGCGUACAGUAGCAAAAGCUUUAUCAAUAUCACGAAAAGGAAUAACAACAUUAUCUAUAAGUCCAGAUGGUAAACAUACAGCAUAUGUUGGACCAACUGAAUUUGUUGUAACAAUUGUUGAAACAAAUAGUUUAAAUCAAACACUUCGAAUUGAUAUAAGUAGUUGUACAUUAAUAACUAAUGAUCGACGAUCAAUAACAUCAACAGAAGCAGCUUUAUUUGUACGUUUUGCACCUAAUCGACAAUUAUUAGUUGCAACAACAAAUUUUAAAUUACUUAAAUUUGAUUCAUUUACAGGAAAACUUUUAAAUAUUAUAAAUAAUAUACAUAAACGUACAUUUGAUUGUCUAACUCUAUCAUCGGAUAGUCAAUAUUUAGUUACUGGUGGCGAUAAUAUGAUUAAAUUUUGGGAUGAGGCAAAUUUUCAAAGUUUUGUUGGUCAUUCAGAACCAAUACGAAAAGUAUUUUUUACAGAUGAUAAUAUGCAUAUUGUAAGUAUUGGUGAUUCAAUAUUUAUUUGGGAUGUACUUGCUUGGACUACACCACGACCAGGAUUAUUAAAUAAUACACAAUGUAUUGUGCCUUCAAAAAUUCAUGAACGUGUACCUAUUCUAUCUAAUUUGGAUAAUAAUGGACAACCAAGAAAUCCACCUGAACCAUUUCAAUAUACUCAACAAAUGAAUGGUCAUACUGCUCGAGCUAUAACACGAUCAUUAUCAAAUUCUGAACUUGAUAAUAAAAAUAUAAAUGUAUCUCAAGGACAAAAAAAAAUAAAUAAUAAAAAAUUAUUAACAAAACAAAUUGAUAAUAUACCUACAAUUCGACGUCAUUUUAUUCAACGAAUUAAUCAUUCACAAUUAGCUAAAAAACGUUAUAUUGCACCAGUUAAUCAAGAAAGUCUUAAACUUAAAUCUAUAAUUGGUUAUAAUGGCAAUGGAAGAGAAAAUCUUGUUUGGCAUGCACAUAGUGGAUUUUUUGCUUAUAGUGUCGGUUGUAAUGUUAUUGUAGAAAAUCUUAACAAUAAUCAUCAAACAAUUUUAACCGGACAUACAGAGGAAAUCUCUACUCUAACUUUAUCAAAUGAUAUUACUCUCUUAGUUAGUGCACAAUGUUCAACACUAACGAAUAAAGAUGAAUUACAAACAAAAAUUAUUAUUUGGGAUAUAAAAAUGCUUCAACAAAAAUUAUAUCUUCAUCAAUCAGUUCAUGCGGUUCAAUCAAUGGCUUUUUCAAGAGAUGAUCGUUUUCUUAUUACUAUGGGUGAUUAUCGAAAACCGUUACUUUCUUUAUGGUCGACACAUGAUUAUACAAAUUUACUCAAUUGGCAAGAUGAAUCUUCAUCAAUUUAUAUGAAUUGUCUUGCUUGGAAUUCAAUGCGUGCAAAUGAAUUUUGUCUUGGUUGUUCAAAUGGUUGUGUACGUUUUUGUACAAUUAUUGAACAAACAAAUGAUACAAAUAUACGAUUACAAGUUAUUAAUGGGCAAAUUCCAUUAUCAAUUAGUGAACAUACAAAAAAUUCAUGUGAAAUAGCUUCAUGUGUUUAUUUAAUAUCAAAUUCUCAUCUUGUUCUUUGUUCAACUAAUUCGGGUUUUGUAAUAUGUUGGAAUACUCGUACAAAUACAUGUUUACUUCAUUGGAAAGCUGAUUCAAAUGAAAUAUGUUAUAUGACAACAAUGAAAUAUAAAUUAUUAACAGGUUCAUCAACUGGUUGUUUAAGAUUAUGGAAUAUAGAAAGUCUUGAAGUUAACUUAGGACAAACAAAUACUAAUGAUUCAAAUUAUGGUUUAACUAUUCAAGAUGAAUUUCAACUUGAUGAUGGAAUUAUUAGUGGAUCAUUUGAUAAUACAUUUGAUAUGGGUAUUGUUGGUACAUCAUGUGGAUCAUUAUGGUAUAUUUGUUGGACAACAGAACGAACCAAAACUCGUCUUGUUGCUUCACAUACAGAUCAUAUAACUGGUGUCAUACCUAUUGAAGAUACUCAUAUAGUUACAAGUAGUCUUGAUGGUACAAUAAGAAUAUUUCAAUUAGAAGAUCGAAAUGAAAUUCUUCGUUUUGAUGCUAAUGGAUUAAAAGUAACCUGUUUAACAUCAUGGGAUAAUUCUAUUGUUCCAGCAAAUCAUUCAUUAGGGACAACAAGUCCAAUAAAAAAUAUCCGAACAACAGUUCGAUCCAUUGUUGCUGGAUAUAAUGAUGGUACAUUACGUAUUUUUAAUCUUCUUCAUGGUCAAAUGGUACUUAAAUUACAUCCACAUACAUCAUCUAUUACUGCCAUAAAUGUUCCAUCAAAUAUAACAAUAAGUAUAUCUGGUGCAUCCGAUGGUUCUGUUGCAAUAUCAAAUCUUGUUCAAGGUAUUGUUUUACGUGUGUUAAAUGAACAUCGUGGUAAUGCACCAAUUUGUAUGAUUGAUUCAAAACAAUUAUUAGAAAAUAAUUUUUAUAUGUGGUUAAUAACAAGUCAUGAUCGACGUGUUAGUUUAUGGAAAUCAAAUCAACAAUUUGAUUUAUGUCAAUUAAUUGAUUGGUUAACAUUUUCAGCACCAUCAUUUGCACCAGAUGGAACAACUAUACAUAAUAAUAAUUGGCAAUCAUAUCCACCAAGUUUAGCUCGUUUUAUUGAUCAGAAUUUAUUAAUGUAUAUUGGUUAUGGAAUAGAAAAAUCAAUACAAAUCUAUAAUCUUGAUACAAAACAAAUUAUUCGUACAAUAUCAUUAAGUCAAUGGUGUUCAUGUUUUGACAUAUCAAAUAUGAAAAAUGAUGAAAAUGAAAAUCGUUUUAUAGCAAUUGGUACAAAAGAUCGUUUAGUACAAUUAAAAGAUUAUACUCAGGAAACAUUUCAGGAUUUUAUUGGUAACAGUGAUACUGUAUUAAAUAUUAAAUUUUUAAAAAAUAAUUCUAAUGAUUUAUUAAUAACAACAUCAUCAAAUGAAAUAUUUCUUUGGAAUAUACUUUUAAAUUAG